GAGUAAUGCUGUUUUUAUUGUUACUUUUUUUAAAUGAGGGUGUAAGAUUUUAAUUGAAAAAUAUGCAGAAUUGUCAGGCAAUGCACAAAAUGGCCUUUAUUUAACUAGAAAUUAUAUACAAAUCAUAUCUCAUAUGAUAACAUAAGACUGAAAAAUUUAUUACCUUUAGUAACAAAUCAUUUCAGUUAUAUGCUUUAAUUUAAGAAUGGGUUCUAUGCUCAAAAUAUGUAACUUUUUUUGUAAUACAACAAGGACUUUAAUAAGGAAAUUUGGGAACAUUCUUCAAUAUCUUUGUAAAUGCUGCUAUAUAAAAUAUCUUUGUUAUUAUGCAGUGGUUGAAAAUAUGUCAGAACACAUUUCAUCAACUGAAAAUCUGGACUCUGACCAAGUAAGAGUCUUAACUCUAAAUAAUGGAGAACAUCUUGAUGGUAUAUUAUACAGAUUAAAGAAAGGAUGGAAAGUAGAAUUUCGAUUAGGCGCUUCCCUCCUUGGGAAGUCACUUGAUCUGUUUAUAAAUCAUCCUAUAGGAGCAAAUCAAAAAUUUGAAAGACAUACAUAUUAUCAAUUGGAAUGGAUAAAUGAGACAACUAGUAUAUGUUUAUCACUAGCUGGUUCAUUCCACUAUUAUCUUGUGGAUCCUAAUUCUGGAGGUAUAAAACCUGUUGCUUCUGGAUAUCUAUUAGUGGAUCCAGAACUUAAAGUAGGAGAAAAUGGAGAAGAUCUAUCCUUAGAUUGUAUCCAGUGCCAAACUGUUUUGGCAAAGUGUUUAGGACCAUUUUCCACUUGGGAAGAUAAACUAUUAGUCGCGAGAAAUUCUGGGUAUAAUAUGGUUCAUUUUACACCAAUACAGGAAUUAGGAUAUUCUAAAUCAUCUUAUAGUCUUAGUGAUCAACUGAAAUUAAAUGCUUCCUUUAAUGAUGAUGAUGAUAAACCAGUGACAUUUGAUGACAUCAAAGGACUUAUGAAUAAAAUGCGUAAUGAAUGGAAUGUAUUGAGCGUAUGUGAUAUUGUAUUAAAUCACACAGCAAAUGAGAGUCCUUUCUUGGUAUCUCAUCCAGAAUGUACAUAUAACUGUCUAAACAGUCCUCAUUUGCGUCCUGCAUAUAUUUUGGAUGCAGCAUUAUUUGAAUUAACAGUACAAGUGGCAGCAGGGGAUUGGGAAUUUAAGGGUAUCCCUACUGUAGUUGAAACUGAGGAACAUUUAAAUUCGAUUCGUCACGCACUUCAUACAUAUUUUCUACCACUUGUGAAAGUUCAUGAACUAUAUAUAUUAGAUAUCAAUGAAACUGUUGCUGAGUUUUUGAAUACAGCCCGGAAUCAAAUGCCUCAAGAUAAUGUUGAACCAAUAUCAGAGGAUAUAAAAAUCAUAAGAGAUCCGAAGUUCCGAAGAUUAAAAGCAACCAUCAACAUGCAACAUGCUUUACAAACAUAUAAUAUAUAUAGAGCUGAUUGUUUUGAUGAAGAAACGCGUUUAAAACGAUGCGCCGAAGAUUUAAGAAAAAAAUUACAAGAACUUAACGAUACAAUCAUCAAUGAAGUACAGAAUCAUUUAAAUGCUGCAGUUGAAAAUACAAUUUCUGGUAUAAGAUAUUUUAGAGUACAACCUGAUGGACCAAAAAUCAAAGAAAUAAGUGAAAGGAAUCCACUUGUUCCUAGAUACUUCACUGAUUAUGGAACACCUCAAACAUUAACUGAGAGAGAAGCCACAAUGUAUUCGGAUUCAGGAUGUUAUCUGAUGGCUCACAAUGGAUGGGUGAUGAAUGGCGAUCCUUUGAAAAAUUUUGCAGAUCCUGAUUCUAAUGUCUAUAUAAGAAGAGAACUUAUUGCCUGGGGUGACAGUGUAAAGUUAAGAUAUGGAAAUAAACCAGAUGAUUGUCCUUUCUUAUGGAAACACAUGACUACUUACGUCGAGCAAAUGGCUAAAAUUUUUGAUGGUGUUCGUCUGGAUAACUGUCAUUCAACACCUAUUCCAGUUGCAGAGUACAUGCUUGAUGCUGCUCGUCGAGUUCGACCUAAUUUAUACGUUGUUGCUGAAUUAUUUACAAACUCUGACCAGAAAGACAAUAUAUUUGUUAAUCGACUCGGUAUCACCUCUUUAAUUCGAGAGGCCAUGUCUGCGUGGGAUAGUCACGAAGAAGGUCGAUUAGUCUAUCGCUACGGAGGUGAACCAGUCGGUGCAUUCUUGCAACCACGUAAACGGCCUUUGGUACCAAGCAUAGCACAUGCACUCUUUUUAGAUUUAACUCAUGAUAAUCCUAGUCCAGUGGAAAAGCGUAGUGUCUUUGAUUUACUUCCAAGCGCUGCGCUUGUAUCAAUGGCUGCGUGUGCUAGUGGCAGCAAUCGUGGAUACGAUGAAUUAGUUCCCCAUCACAUACACGUUGUAGAUGAAACAAGACAAUAUGCUUCCUGGACGGAUGACGAAGAUUUGGUAGACGGUAUCAAUCUUGUGGGACUUAAGUCAGGCAUAAUUUCAGCAAAAAAAGCAUUAAAUGAUUUACAUUAUUUGCUUGGACAACAGAAAUUUUCUCAAGUUUUCGUUGACCAAAUGGAUAGCGACAUAGUAGCUGUAACAAGACAUUCUCCAACUACUCACGACAGUGUAAUUUUAGUUGCUUUUACAGCUUUCAAGCAUCCUGAUUCCAAUGCUAAUGAUUUGAGAAGACACGUGAAACCAUUGCGAGUAGAAGGUGUAAUGGAAGAAAUUAUUUUGGAGGCAUCUUUAUCUCAUAUAGGAGUAAAAAAUGGUACUUCACCUUUCCAUUACCCUGAAAAAUAUGUGCGAAAUGAAAAUUAUAUAAAUGGUCUCUCUGAGUAUACUGUAAGUCUUAAAGAACAUAUACAAAUUUGUGACUCGGCAAUUUUGGAAAAAGUUGAUUCAGGGGAUCCUAAAAUAACUCAGCUUAAUUUUGUAAACUUCCAACCAGGAUCUGUUGUUGCUAUCCGAGUAUCUCUUCAUGCUAACAUAAAGCCUGCUCUUGCAAAGCUUCACAAUACCAUCUCAAUAAUUACAUCGCCGAAAAGCUCAGAUUUACGCGUCAUUGCUUCACGUAUGGAUUUGGUAGAUUUGAACAAAGCUUUGUACAGAUGUGAUCAGGAAGAACGUGAUGAAACUUCAAAUAAAUUUGGUGUGUACGAUAUUCCUGGCUAUGGGCCCCUCGUUUAUGCAGGGUUGCAAGGCACCAUUUCUUUAUUAGCGGAUAUACGCCCUAAUAAUGAUUUAGGUCACCCAAUGUGUAUCAAUCUCAGACAGGGAAAUUGGUUAAUAGAUUAUACUUGGCAACGACUAAAAGAGGAUGAUGGAACAAGAGCUCUUGGCGAGUGGCUUGAAGACGCCACUGAGCCAUUUAAAGUAAUACCUCGUUACUUAGUGCCUAGUUAUUUCGAUGUUGUAAUUGUAAAUGUUUAUAUGAUUCUUCUUGAGCAAUGUUAUAGUCUGAUGACAAGUUUUGUAAAGGAUGGUUCCACUUUCAUCAAGAUUCUGUCGUUAGUUUCAAUACAAGUGGGAGGUGUAGUAAGAUCAGCUCCAUUGCCAGACUUGUCUCCUAAUUUAGACCCUCCUAAACCGAAAAUUAAAGAAUAUAAUGGAGAAAUCGAACAAAUAUGCACAACAUUAUCGGCUGGUUUACCGCACUUCACAACAGGUUAUAUGAGAAAUUGGGGCAGAGACACGUUUAUUGCUUUAAGAGGCUUAUUCAUAUUAACAGGCAGACAUACCGAAGCGAGAUUUAUUAUCCUUAGCUAUGGAUGUACUUUACGACACGGUCUCAUACCUAAUCUACUUGACAAAGGAAAAAAUGCCAGAUACAACUGUCGGGAUGCUUUGUGGUGGUGGUUGUAUAUUAUUCAAUGUUACAUACAAGAAGUGCCAAAUGGUUUGAAAAUUUUAACAGACAAAGUUUCAAGACUAUUCCCAACUGAUGAUUCUCCAGCCUUACCUGCAGGGCAAGUUGAUCAACCGCUGCAUGACGUAAUUCAAGAGGCUCUUUUAGCACAUUUCCAAGGGCUUUGCUUUAGAGAAAGAAAUGCUGGAAGGCAAAUUGAUGAGCAUAUGACAGAUCGUGGUUUUAACAAUCAAAUUGGGGUACACCCUGAGACUGGAUUUGUAUUUGGCGGAAAUGAUGCAAAUUGCGGCACAUGGAUGGAUAAAAUGGGAUCUUCUGAAAAAGCUGGUAACAAAGGAAAACCUGCUACCCCAAGGGAUGGUUCGGCUGUAGAAAUUGUAGGGCUAAGCAAGAGUAUCCUUAGCUUUUUAGCUGAAUUGUAUAAACAAAACCUAUUUCCUCAUGGUAGUGUACAAAGAAAGAACCGUGAUGGAUCCGUUAUAACGUGGAGUUAUAAACAAUGGGCAGAUAAAAUUUCAUUGAACUUCGAGAAAUAUUUCUAUAUUAAUGAAACACCGACAGAAGGAGAAUUGAAACCAGAACUUAUCCAUCGUCGUGGGAUUUUCAAAGAUAGUCAUGGAGCUACACAGGCAUGGGCCGAUUAUCAGUUACGUCCUAAUUUCCCGAUUGCUAUGGUGGUUGCUCCGGAGUUAUUUAAUCCGGCACAUGCAUGGGCAGCAUUAAAAAAAGCGGAAGAAAUUUUGUUGGGCCCACUUGGAAUGAAAACAUUAGAUCCUGCUGAUUGGGCAUACAAUGGGUAUUAUGAUAAUUCUAAUGACAGUGGAGAUACUAAAUUGGCUCAUGGAUGGAAUUAUCAUCAAGGACCCGAAUGGGUUUGGCCUAUUGGAUACUUCCUUCGAGCUCGUUUGUAUUUUGCUCCAUUGGUUGGAGGAAAAGAAGAAUUACGUCGCACAAUCGACUCAACCGAAAACAUUAUUUCUCGACAUUUCAUAGAGGCGUCAACAAAUCAUUGGAGAGGUCUUCCCGAACUUACUAACAAAGAUGGAGAAUAUUGCAAGGAUAGUUGUAAAACCCAAGCUUGGAGCGCUUCUUCUAUACUAGAGAUUCUUCACGAUUUACAGAAAAUUAAACGGGAAUUGCGAAACGAGGAAACUGAAAGAAUAAAUUGAUAUAAUUUUGCGUGUGUUCACCACCGCCAGUUACACUUAGAACAUUUGCGAUUAGAGAAAGAACGUAGUAUCAGAAC